GAGGAGUGGUGGGCGCGCUUGAUGGGGGUCAUACCGCCGGCGCCUUGGAUGUCUCUAAUACUCUCUAUAUCAUCAUCUAUUAUAUCUGAGGGGUCCUCUAAGAUCGCAUCAACUCUGAUCAUCGAUCAGAUCGAUAUCGAGAGCAAAUUAUGCAAAUGAUACCGUAGAUGACCUUUCAACUUGUAAUUUAUUAGAAGCGUGUCGGAGGCCGGUUAUUCUGUAUUUUAACCCGUUUUAAUCGUGGUUUAUUGGGUUUAUUAGUUCAUCCAGUACCCACGCUUUAUUAGUCAGACAGGGUAAAACAACGUCGGGAAUUAUUUUUAAUUACAAAGAAAGAAAAGCAAAUAUAUUUUUGUGUCUGAUCGGACUUGCCGAGCUCUUGUAUUCCCGUGUGCGAAAAAGACACCGUGUCAUUGAGGUAACUGCCCCGUCCCAGCCCAGCUGCGUUGCUCCGUUGUGUGAUUGCAGUCUAGCUACGAGCACGACGUGUAGUUUUCAUUGCCGUGUGGAUUUGGACUUCGGCCCUGACAUUUUUUGUGUGAUUUUGCGACUAUUAAAGACAUUUUAACAUCCCUUCCAGUAUGCCUGAACAAGAGCAAAAGAAAGAGUCGACAGAUGCAAAGAUUUACUCUUUAGAUGAGGUCAAGAAACAUAAAACAAGUUCAUCACUUUGGCUGGUUAUUCAUAACAAAGUUUACGAUGUCACAGAUUUUCUGGACGAGCAUCCAGGUGGUGAGGAAGUCAUGAUUGAACAAGCUGGUGGUGAUGGAUCUGAGUCUUUUGAAGAUGUUGGCCAUUCAUCUGAUGCAAGGGAAUUAAUGAAAGACUACUAUAUAGGAGAAUUAGCUGAGGAGGACAAAUUUAAUUCAUCAACAAGGACGUCUACAGGAUUUGGUAACCCAUCGGAGUCGGGAGGAAGUUUCUUUCUGAACUGGAUAUUACCUGCUGCUGUUGGUAUUGGUGUGGCCGUUAUCUACCGUGUCUUCUUCUCUGGCAGUAAUUAACAUCACAUCGAUUCGAACACCUGGGACCAACAAGACCCCAUUAAUCCAAUCAUCGCUCUCAAAACUAAUCACAUGGCAAGUCAUUCUGAUCAAUGACUUUGAUGUUCUUCCUCGAGUAUGCCGGUGGGCUAAUAUAUUUCUAAAAUGAUUUGAUAUUCAUUUUUCAGACUUGAUCAGUACAAUCCAAAUUGUUGGGUGGAAGCAAUUCUUAUCCCUGACAUUAAUUUGAAUUAUACCAGUAAUCAAUAGUUACUUCAUGUAUAUUUCAGUCAAUGUGCAUGAUGUGCUCUGGUGAGUUUGCUUGAAAUCUGGUUUUGCACAUUGUAAAUUCCGAAAUGGCCAAAUGUGUUUUGUAAAUUACUACCAUCUUAUGCUAGUACCUGCAAAUUUUGAUAUUUAAUCUUUAAUAUGUCUGUAUAUCUGAAAACCUACUUUGAUGGUCUUCAAAGUUGUGAUUUAGAUUCAGUCUAAAGUGAUAAGGUACAUGUACCAUGUUUGCACUAUUAAAUUCAUUAGUAGCAUUUUCAUCAGAUCUUUGCCUCCUUUGUUAUCCACAAACAAGGCAUUGAUUGUGUGAUUAUUCCAUUCAAGCAACAUGGAAUCAUAGAGCAGGAAUUUGCACACAUUUGAAAAACACAUUUUGCAUUUACAUGUUCAUUCCAUUGUGCAAAGGACCUUAGAAUGACUUAUUUUUAAAUCUCAAUGUGUAUUUUUUGCGAAAAGAAAACACCAUUUGUUGAUUAUCAUGAUAGCGUGACAACAAAAUUCAAACGUAUUACUGGUAAUUUUAUAAUUGCAUGGUGUACAUGUAUGUAGUGGUUGGCAAUUUGCAUCAUUUCUUUGUAACAAAAUAAUAUCACUUGCUUAUAUCGUUAGAACUAUACAAAUGUACAUGUAUUCAGUAUGUACAGAAAUAUAUGUAAUAUUAUGAAAGAUUAAUUAGAUCAAAAUGUGCAAAUUGAAUAAGAAUCAUGUGAAUUGCCAGUUAAUCAAACUUGAAGGUUUGAAAAUAUUGGAAUAUAUUUACGUACAUGUUCACAAAUUUUGUGACUUUCUGAUUUUGUACAUAAGUUCAAUGGAGGGUGUAUACAGUGUAGGUCAAAUAAUAAUUAAUUUCAUGUUAUCCUCACGAGUACUACUAGUAAUAUAUCAACUACUAGACUGGUGGUGUACAUCAAUGAUCAGUUCCUUGAUCUCAAAAGUAAAUGGUUUGGUCUAAAUAGUAAUUCCAUUCCCUGUCCAAUUGUGUAAUUCCCAUUGUUACCAAUGACAAGUUGCGUUUCAAUAUCAAUUCCCCUCAUCACAAAACAUUUCACCAAAUCAAAACAAAGGAUAUCUCUCACUUUUAUUGUUAACUCUUAUUUCAUACCAUUGAUAAAAACAAUCCUAGAAUAAAUCUUAGUUUUCUACUGGGCUAAUUGGCUAAAUCCACAUUGUUCUUUCAUCUAUUUACAAGGUGUAACAAUUCAUUUGUUUAGAAUUUCAACUCGAAUAUUGAAUUUAUUUACCUAUGUUUUGAUCAAUUACAGGUAAUUGGAGCACAGAGUCACAGACAUGUACAGUUUGGGGGAAGAAUUAUUAUUAGACAACAUUACCAUAUAAUUAAGCUCCCAUAGGGUAUGGUCUAACAAUUAUAGACCAAGCUGUAUGUAAACGGUUAACAGGGGGAUAAUUUGACGUGUAAGAAGGAAAUUACAUUUUGCAUUAUCUGGGUCAAUCACUGGCAUUUGAAUGCACCUUUGGAGGUUGGUUUAAAAUCAGGUCUUAAAGGUACCAUAUGCAUCUGAUUUGUUGAAAUUAAGUUUUUCAUUACAACCUUAUUUACAGCAGGAUAGGCCUCUCUGGUUUAGAAAAUAAUAGGAUUUAAUAUAGAUUAUUUGUCAUGACAUAAGGGAGGUCAACUUCAGCAAGAUCGACUGUACUUGAAGUCAACAUCAAAUUGACCGUGCUACGUGAGAAACAUUUCAUUUCCUGUAUUCAAGUUUCAUUCUUAGCCCUGGUUAAAGGUCCUUUCUCUAUUGGGGUCCCACUAACCUGCUAAGUCCAUGGUUGAAGCUCUUAGCUAUAUAUUGGUAACCCACUAGACUAACCUACUCGGUGCUUGGUUGAAGCUCCUUGCUAUAUAUCCCACUAACCUACUCCAUUCAUAUGGCAGUCUGAAGAUAUAUAUGUUUCACAUUUAACACUGUUUUGUGCUUCAUUGAUGAUAAUACAUUACACCUGAAGUUUUAUAUACAUGUGCUGCAAAUUACAUGUAUAUUUAUAUCUGUAUAUCAGACCCUGCAUCACAGGUAUAUAUGUAGUAUUCUCACAGCCAAGGUAAUGUUUGUCCUUUCUCGCUUCAUAGCACUAAUUUGCUACAUUUGAUCACUGCUAGGUCUUUAAUGCUGUUUCAGGUACUUGACAAUUUGAUUUUUAGUGUCAGUAAAGACUUUUUUACUAGGAACCCAACAAGGAUAGUGGAUAUAUAUAUAUUAUACAGAGAAUGCAAAAGUAUCAACUUGAAUUAUCUAUUUGAUUUGAUAAAAAAGGGUUUUAAAUGAUUGAUGAGGAAUGACUGAGCCAACACCCUUUAUCACACACCAGUGACACAUUAGUAUUUCUUGCUAAUUCUUUUUUUUUUCCAUCUAUGCUUGCUUGUAUGAUUUUAUACCUACAUUCUCUAUAAACCUCUAUUUGUUAUUGACAAUAAAUGAAAUUUAUAUAA